AGGAGUCAUGGGGACAUGCAUUUUUUUGUUCGUACCUGCAAAAAGCUUAAGGAAGAAGAGGCUGCAAGGCUGUUCUAUCAAAUUGUAUCGGCAGUAGCACAUUGUCACGAUGGAGGAGUUGUACUGAGAGAUCUUAAACUAAGAAAAUUUGUCUUUAACGAUAAGGAAAGGACUAGAGUAAAACUGGAAAGUUUGGAGGAUGCAUAUAUUCUAGCAGGGACUGAUGACUCUCUCUCUGACAAGCAUGGAUGCCCAGCCUAUGUUAGUCUGGAAAUCUUGUAUACAAAUGGCAGCUACUCUGGCAAAGCUGUAUGGAGUCUAGUGGUGAUGCUUUACAACAUGCUGGUAGGUCUCUACCCAUUUCAUGACAUUGAGCCUAGUUCUUUGUUCAGAAAGAUCCGUCGUGGACAGUUUAACAUUUCAGAGACAUUAUCCCCCAAAGUGAAAUGCCUCAUACGUAGUAUACUUCGUAGAGAGCCAACAGAAAGGCUGAUAUCUCAAGAAAUUCUGGACCAUCCAUGGUUUUCAACAGAUUUCAAUGCUUUGAGUUCAGGACAUGGUGCUAAGGAAAUGCCGUAUCAACUGGUUCCUGAUGUGAACAUAGAUGAGGGUACGGACCCUUUUUUUAAAGGGACACUUUUCACAAAGAGGAAGAAGAGCAUUAUGGGAGGGAUAAAGGAAAGCAUUUCAACUGCCCCAGAUAUUAUGGGAUUGCUAUGGGUUGGAGGUCUCCUUGCUAUCCCUUCAUAUCUUCCCCCAUCAGGGCAAAUUUCUCGACUCCACCCAUCAUACAACCUGGCUUCGACCAUGCCCACCCAUGGCACAUCUGUGCCACCCCCUCCUCUUGUGGUCCUGUAA